AUGGAGCGAUUGCCUUCAGCAAAUUUCACCUACAGACCGUUUGCGAGCCCAGAUCCUCCGGUGCCCAGCGUUAUGAAACGAUUCCUGGAAAACUUCCAUGCCGGAAUUCACAGCUCUACAGAUCUAUAUAUCUGUUGCAUAUGUGGAGAUGGGCCGAAAGUCUUUCAGAACCAGGGUCGCUCCGCGAUUAUCGAGAGUUCGACAUACCUUCAAUUAUGUUUUGCAUUUAGCGCCAUGUGUUAUGAUUUUGACGAUUUAGCGAUUGAGCAUGCGAUUUUUAUUUUGGAUAUGGAUGGCGACUUUUGCUUCCGUUUCCUUUCGUACCUUUUAAUCGGCCAUUAG